AUGCAUAUAUGUCUUUGGUCACCAAUGCAACGUGGUGAAUUUGAUAUUUCAACUCCAGGAGCUCAUCCAUGUUAUCGUAAAAUAGCACCAUGUGGUAACAUUAAUGCAUCAUCAUCAUCACCACGUACAUCAUUAGUAGCUGGUAGCAAAUAUAAUGUUGAAUUUCAACAAAAUCUUAAUCAUUAUUAUACAGGCAAACCUGGAGCACUUGAUAUUUCAUUUGCUGUAGGUCUUAAUCCAUCUGAAAAUGAUUUUCGUGUACUUCAUUCAUUUUCGGAUUAUAAUUCAAUGAAUCAAAUAACACAAACAAAUUUUUCAAUUCAAAUAAAUUUACCAAAUGAACCAUGUGAUGAAUGUAUUUUACGUGUACGUUAUUUAUCAAAUAAUCCUGGUGAAGACGAUCAUGGAACUACUUUUCAUCAAUGUUCUGAUGUAAAAUUAACACCAAAUUUAUUGAAUACAUUAAAAAAAGACCAAGAACAUAAAGAUGAAUUAAUUGAAAAUAUAAAUAAACAACGCAACGAUGAUCCACAUGAUUGUUGUGUACCUGAAAGUUAUGUAAAUGCUUUUUUUCAUUCUAUACCUGCUAUUGAUUAUCGAUCCGAAGGUUUGAUUUUUUAUGAUAAAAAAGCUCAACAAAUGCGUGUUACUGUAACUGUUAAUGGUGGUCGUGGUAAUACAACUUAUGAUGGUGUAUUUGAUAUGUGGAUGAAUUUUACAUCAGGUUAUCAAUAUUAUUUUAAUCGUAAUAAUGGUAAAUGUGACCUUUAUGGAUUAGAUCUUUGGAAUGAUUGGUGUUUUGGUAAUAAAUAUAAUCAAAGUGAAGAUUUUGUUGCUGCUGAUGUUUCUUGUUCAUCACCAUUUGGACCAACUCAUAAAUGUAAUCAAUGGCGUAAUGGAGAAUUUCUUUUUGAAACUUAUGCAUCAGAUCGAUGUUUACCGUCGAGUAUAUCACGACCAAGUGGUGAACGAAUUAUUUAUAUUGCGGGAGGAACCGGUCCAAUACCACCUUCAACUUUUACACCUAAUCCAGCUUGUAUUAAACAAAAGACAGUCAAACAUGCAUCACCUCAAUGGAUGAAAUUGCAUUUUUAA